AGUACAACUGUAGAUUAUACACUUUACUCUGAGGGUGUUUGGAUUGGCUUAUAUUCUCAUUCUUGAAUAUUCAAAAGAUCGGUCAGUGUGUAAAAAAUAAUCAUAAUUUCGUUCCCAAUUUAUUUCCCCUCGGCAAAGUUGACCACCGUCCGAUCUCCGGUGAAGUCCACGUCUAUCGGAGAUGGGUGUAUACCUGAGUACUCCGAAAACGGAGAAAUUUUCAGAAGAUGGUGAGAAUGAUAGGGUUAGAUAUGGUUUAUCAUCAAUGCAAGGAUGGCGAGCAGCUAUGGAAGAUGCUCAUGCAGCAAUUACUGACUUGGAUGCUUCCACUUCCUUUUUUGGUGUCUAUGAUGGUCAUGGAGGUAAAGUUGUUGCCAAAUUCUGUGCCAAGUAUCUACAUCAACAAGUCCUCAAGCACGAACCAUAUCUGCAAGGAGAUAUUGGAACAUCAGUCCAGAAAGCCUUUUUCAGAAUGGACGAGAUGAUGCGUGGUCAGAGAGGAUGGAGGGAGCUGGCUGCGCUAGGGGAUAGAUUAAACAAGUUUUCGGGUAUGAUAGAGGGUCUUAUAUGGUCUCCAAGAAAUGGUGAUGGAAACGGAAAUACUGAUGACUGGGCGUUUGAGGAGGGUCCUCACUCUGAUUUUUCUGGACCAACUUCUGGAUGUACGGCUAAUGUUGCAAUCAUUAGAGAGAACCAACUUAUUGUUGCGAAUGCUGGUGAUUCUCGAUGUGUGAUUUCACGGAAGGGCCAGGCAUAUAAUCUGUCGAGGGAUCACAAGCCUGAUCUUGAGGUUGAGAGAGAGAGAAUCUUGAAAGCAGGUGGUUUCAUCCAUGCAGGGCGUGUUAAUGGCAGCUUAAAUCUUGCAAGAGCUAUAGGUGACAUGGAAUUCAAGCAGAAUAAGUUUUUGCCAGCUGAGAAGCAAAUUGUUACAGCCGAUCCAGAUAUAAAUAUUGUCGAUUUGUGCGAUGAUGAUGAUGAUUUUAUUGUCCUAGCCUGUGAUGGUGUAUGGGACUGCAUGUCGAGCCAGCAGUUAGUGGACUUUAUACAUGAGCAGCUCAAAUCGGAAUCCAAGCUUUCUGCGGUAUGUGAAAAGGUUCUUGAUAGGUGUUUGGCACCUACUGCUGGAGGUGAAGGAUGCGACAACAUGACCAUGAUUUUAGUACAAUUCAAAAAACCUAUUCCCUCCGGGCCUUCUCCUGGCAAUGAACCAUCAGCUUCUCCAGGUGAUGAAUCUUCGGCUUCUCCUGGUGAUGAGCCGUCAGCUUCGAGUGAGAAACUCCCUGCUUCAGAUGAUGUAAAUGCUGAAACAAAACCAGCAGAGUCUGGAUCAAGUUCAUAGUCACAGAUACCCUUGUUAAGUCUGAAACUUCUGAAAGCCUAAUCUGCAGUUGUAAAUGAUUGUUUUCGAGCAACGAGGAUCGUAUUAAUAAUAUUACUUAGCUUUUACUGCUGCUGGUUGUAUAUGUUUUUUGUAUUGUACUAUAACUUUUUGGAUGACAUGUAUAGAUGACUUGACUAGAUGUCCAGAUGUUCUUGACAUGAAAUGUGAAAACCAAAAGAUUUGUUAUCCAAAUUUAUGACAUCCUUUUUCUUUUCUUUUCAUAA